AGGGCGGCCUCACAAUUCCAACUGCGUCACCACCGAACCACGACGAGAAAUCGCCCCCCGCCCGGCCUGAUCGCCACGUUCCUCAGGUGUGAAUUUCUUCGGAGGAGAGAGAGAGAGACCGCCCGUAAGGGAAAUACGCGAAUAACCGCCACAAGAAGAGCAGCCCCACCCUUAACCUAAGGAUCCUGAGGUUGCUGGAAGCAGCACCCACCAACCCAACCACUUGUAUCUUAUUACAUCUUCCUCCCGACCCAUCCUUCCCCCACGAGCCCACGUUGCUUGGGACCCAAAUCUGUGGCCGAAGGACCAUCACCACAAAAACCUCUCAUACUCAUACUCACCAACCAACCUUACCCUCAAAAAAGCCCCCAAACCCCUCCCUGCGUCCGAUCUAGUUUUGUUUUUCCUCCCAUUCAAGACUUUUUGGCUUCCCAACUUCCCCCCCGACCCCCGUCGAAGUGGGGUGGGGAGAUGAAUCCUGAAUUGGCUUUGUUUUUCAAGAGGCUCUUUGACCCCUGAGACCCCUUCAAGUAACUUGAGUUUUGGGUUUUAGUUGGUUUUUCUGUUUAUUUUUUUCUUUUUAUUCCUCAAAUCCUACCCACCCACCCCCACAUCCCGAUCCCGAGGUGCUGGCGUCGCAAAAAAAUUGGAUAAUUUGACCGCCAUGGGCUCCAGCCCCGCUGACCCUAAGGACCUCCUGAAGGGGCUGGACAGCUUCCUUGGCCGGAAUGGGGAGGUGAAGAGCGUGGAUGCCAUCUCCAAAAUUUUUGGGCUAAUGAAGGAGGCACGCAAGUUGGUGAGCCGCUGCACCUAUCUAAACAUUGUCCUACAGACCCGCUCGCCCGACAUCCUCACCAAGUUCAUUCGAGUGGGUGGCUACAAGCUCCUGAACAGCUGGCUGACGUACUCCAAGACCACCAACAACGGCCCCCUCCUGCGGCAGAUCCUGCUGACCCUGCAGCACCUGCCUCUCACCGUGGACCACCUGAAACAGAAUAACACGGCCAAGCUGGUGAAACAGCUGAGCAAGUCCAGCGAGAAUGAAGAACUCCGCAAACUCGCUUCAGUCCUGGUCAGCGAUUGGAUGGCCGUCAUCCGGUCCCAGAGCAGCACCCAGCCUGCUGAGAAAGACAAGAAGAAGCGGAAGGAAGAAGGGAAGAGCCAGACAGUCCCUACGGAGCGUUCUGCUCCCGAGGUCAAGGCUGAGGCGCGGCCUGAGGAGGCGCCAGAGAAGAAGAGAGAGAAACCCAAGAGCUUGCGCACUACAGCCCCCAGCCAUGCCAGGUUCCGUUCCACCGGCCUGGAGCUGGAGACACCAUCUCUGGUGCCUGUGAAGAAGAAUGUCAGCGCUGUGGUCGUGUCCGACAAGUACAACCUGAAACCCAUUCCCCUGAAGCGGCAGAGCUCAUCACCCAAUCCUGGGGCUGUGGUACCCCCAGCUGAAAAGAAGUACAAGCCCCUCAACACAACACCCAACACCACCAAGGAGAUCAAAGUGAAAAUCAUCCCCCCACAGCCCGUGGAGGGCUUGGGUUUCCUAGAUGCCCUCAACUCGGCCCCUGUCCCCGGGAUCAAAAUCAAGAAGAAGAAGAAGGUUCUUUCACCCACAGUGGCUAAGCUGAGCCUGUUUGAGGCGAAACCAAGGACAGGGCCAAGCACAGCCAAACCCUCCUCCACUGAGCCGGGGACUGCAUCAGAGCCUAUGGAUUUGGAGCGGCCUGGAACCCCCGUCCCACCCAUCGAGGUACUGGAGCUCACGGACACAGCCUCCAGGGACACAAGGGCCUCAGACUCAAAGCUCAUGGAGAGCCCUGGUGGCCCAGCCCAGUUCACCCGCAAGGGCCACAAGAGGAAGACCGUGACGUGGGCUGAAGAGGGCAAGCUGCACGAGUAUUUCUACUUCGAGCUGGACGAGACGGAGCGAGUGAACGUAAACAAGAUCAAAGACUUCGGCGAAGCGGCCAAGCGGGAGAUGCUGAAGGACCGGCACGCGUUCGAGACGGCCCGUCGGCUGAGCCAUGAUGCCAUGGAGGAGAAGGUGCCAUGGAUGAGCCCGCAGCCCCUAUCCCUGCCCCGGGCCCUUGUCAUCCCCGGCAGCAACAGCCAGGAGUGCUUCGUCCAGGCCAAGCGGGAGAAGGGCAUCUUGCAGGAGAUCUUCCUGUCCAAGGAGAGUGUCCCCGACAGCCCCCAUGAGCCGGACCCUGAAACCUACGAACAUAUCCCCCCCAAGCUCAUCCCCCAGGACGAGGAGUGCUCUGUGGACGAGGCCCCAUAUGGGGAGGGGCUGGAAGGCAGUGGGGUGGGCCAUUCCCCCAGUGGGGUGGGCAGCUCCAAACUGCCCCCAGUGCUUGCCAACCUGAUGGGCAGCAUGGGUGCAAGCAAAAGCCCCCAGGGCCAGGGGGCGGCCACCAGCAUCAACAUGCAGGAGAUCCUCACCUCCAUCAUGGGCGGCCCCAACAGCCACCCGUCUGAGGAGCUUCUAAAGGAGCCCGACUACUCGGACAAGAUCAAGCAGCUUCUCAGGAACUUGCAGCCCCAGGGCCCUCGGGGAGUACCCCACAGUCUUCUGGGCCCGGCACCAAUGGCCAAUGGCUUCCCCCCAGCGGGGCUUGGAGGCCCCGGAGGCCCCAAGGACAUGCAGCACUUCCUUCCUGGGCCUGGGGGGCCCAUGCCAGGUCCACAUGGAAGCCCAGGAGGUCCUGGCGGGCCAGUGGGACCCCGCCUGAUGGGGCCUCCUGACCUCCCUCCACGAGGGGGGAAUCCUUUCUGGGACACUCCAGGGGACCCCAUGUGGGGAGGUCCAAUACGUGGAGGGCUCCCCGGCCCCUAUCACUGGGGGCGAGGGGGAAGAGGAGGCAAUGAGCCCCCACCACCAUCUCCAUUUCGGGGUGGGCGAGGAGGCCGGUCAGGCGGGGGCCCCCUCAAUGGACGUGGAGGGCCUAGUGGAGGGAUGGGUGGGGAUGGCCACCGACCCCAUGAUGGCCAUGUUCAUGGACACGGGCCACCGGGCCACCGCGGCCACAACCACCGUGUCCCACACCCCCAUGACCAUCGUGGCCAUGAUGGACCUGGGCAUGGCAGCAGUCACCGGGGCCACGACAGCGGCCACGGCCACGGGGGAGACAUGUCCAGCCGCCCCAUCUGCCGUCACUUCAUGAUGAAGGGAAGUUGCCGCUAUGAGAACAACUGUGCCUUCUAUCACCCCGGGGUCAAUGGGCCACCCUUGCCCUAGUGCCCCCGUGGCACUCCCAACCCCCUGGCUAUGUUGUGCAGAUAUGGCUUCUGUGAGACCCUGUCAACUGAGCUGGGCCCCUCUUUCUGCCCCUUUCCGUCCCCCCUUGUCCAAACACACACACACACAUGCAUGCACACACGCACAAACCCACCCACCCAUCCAUGGCCUGGGGGCUGCAACUUUCUGAUGUGCUUCGCUGUAUGAGUCCACACCUCCUGUCACCCAGCCCGAGACCCUGAGACUGAGAGGUGCUUCACCCAAAGAAAUGGGCAGACUGGCUUCACCCCACAGAUGACGUUCCCCCAUCCACCCCGGUCCCAGCCUCUUGUCUGCAGGUUGUCAUCUGGGGGUGGCUCCACCACACUGGCCCUGUUCCACUAGUCUGGGUUACCUUCAGCCCCACCCCAACCUGCCCCAUGAAAAGCCCUGAGCCCUUGUCCCUGAUCCUCGCCCCGUUCUCCCGAGUGACUGUGAGACACAGGGGCUUUGGGCCACCCCCUCCCCUGCCCAGGCCUUGUUUACUGGCCUGCCUGCCUGUGUUGUCUGCCACCUUCCCUCACAUCGUUCUCCCCAGCUGCGGGGGAGCAGUGAAGCUUGCGUGGCCCCCGGAUGUCGGCCCUCACGAUUUCCCCCUGCCCAGCUCCAGUGUCACACUACAUGGCCCAUCUCUGAGCCCCCCGAGUUCCCCAGCCAGUACUGCUCAUGCGCACUCCUCUUACGACCCUUCUACCCCUCCU